AUGGGCGGGAAUAAGAUAGGGGGAUGGUCGAGGUGCGCGUCGUACAUUUGGCACAACGAGCUGGAGGAGGCGGAGCGGUCCGAGUGGGUAAAAAAAGCGGAGGAGCUGAGCGUGCCUGACGAUGAGCAAUGUUACAUCAAUCAGCUCAGCGUCACAAAGCUGCUUGUUAGCUUGCUGACUGACCUAAUCGGCAUAGGGCCCUCCAAAAUAGGCAAGGCGUGCUUCGCGGUGCGCUUGGCUUACAGGGCCCCUGAUGGGCAGCUCAUCUAUGAAGAUUUUUCGUUGACCGAGGAUGAGAAAGCGAUCAUGUUCGCCCACUUCGACGGCGGUGCUUCACCGGAAGAGGAUGAACGGUGGAUGAAAUGGGUAUCCACAGUUGUAGGCGUCAAUCCGAAGGCCCGUGAACGGGAGGUGGAUUACGACAAGGAGGGCGCUGUGCGUUUGCGCAAGUGGACGGGAAGUGAGGAUGUCCUCUGGAUGAAGCGCGCGUUACGCGCCUACUUCAAGGAAGUGUGGGCUGAAAGCGGGAAUGAGCCGGACGCUUUCGCAAUGGAGGAUGUGAUUCGCUCCCCGACGUCCUUUGUGGACGGGGAUUGGGUAGACAUGUUCAAGUCCGACCCUUUCCAAUUGGAACCUGCCGAUCUGGUGCAGAUAUACCAUCGACUAUGGAAAGCCCAGGAAACUGGCCCUCGCUUUGGGUUCAAGAAGGUCGACGACACCGAGGGGCAAGUUCCGCUCCCAUCAACGCCAAGUUCCGAACUGCCCGGGCCGAGCGAGUUGGAUAACGUGGUAGAUACCCCAGGGCAAGAGUCACAUGAUGGCCCUGGAUCCCAAACGGGCAUGCGGGCGCAUAACGACACCUCUCUACCCCACGAUUAUGAGACGUCGGUCGCCGGUAGCGCCUCUGUGCCAGAGGCGGAUGCUCCAGAACAGAACACACCUUCUAUCCAAGAAGCGCAGCACGCAGAGCCUGGUUCAAACGCCCCGCGGAAUUCGGAUCCGCGGCACGCCCCUGGGGCGCAGUUCCCCCCCAGCAUAGUCCCGCCAGCAACUGUGACUCCACACCGCACGUCGUCUGUUCCCCCAGAGCCAGCUCCCACGCGCCCAGCGUACGCACGGGCGGGCUCCACUCCCGCGACGUUGGAGCGUGCCUCCCAUGGCGAACCCCGCGUACCGUACACUCCCAGAAGCCGGCGCACGUGGGAGGUGCUUAGAUCGCCUGCUAGGAGCAAGGUGGGAGGGAGGGAUUCCCCCAACGUGCAGGUGAAACCUGCCAGUGUCCUUCCGCCCUUGUUCCCCAUCCACGAGGAGGACGCUGGAUACAGGUCGCAGGAGGAGUUGCCCGCAAGUGUGACGUCAACCCCUUGCACGUUGCCGUCGGUCGUGGAUCGCGAGACGUUUAUGCCAGCAUCCAGUGAUUUCGAAACUUUUCCCGAUGAGCGAUCAGGGGAGGUGUCGCAACCUGACCUUGACGUGCACAUGGGCGAAGUGUCGCAGCCUGUCCUCAACGUAGGCGUGGGCGAGCCUCCACUGCAAGAGCAUCCACCUGCAGAGAGCGCUCAGGUCGAAGUGGGAAAGGGCGGUGAGGAGAUGACAGACGAACGGGGGGGAGAUGGGGCACAGGCUCCUGGGCAGAAGAAGAGGGGCCGUCCCAAGGCUAACGUUGCACCAUCGACGAGAGUACUGCGGGGGCGCUCUCAAGGCAACCCGGACACUGAUGCCACGGCGACGGUGGAUGUGGGGAGCGUCCCUCCACCCAAGAAGAGGAAAAGCGUCGCAGACGGGGCGUUGAGCGGUGGGAGUGGUGCUACCCAGGCCAUGGAGACCCAUGGGACAGAGAUUGGAGGGACGGAGACCCAGGGGACAGGCAACCACGAGGCCAUGGGUGGUACUUCCCGGCGCGGCGGUAAGAGGUCGGGACGCGGAAGGAAGCCCAAGAAGGCGUAG